AUGUAUGCAAACCAGUCUCAGACUAACUCCACUGGUGGACUGCAGUAUCAGGGGUUACUGGAAAGGGUGAUGUUUUCCAUUCUGACUACAGUGCCAUGUUGUGUUUUUCUCUAUAUCAAUGGGACCAUGUUGUUCACCUUGAGGAGUAAAUCUGUGUUUCGUGACACCUCCCGUUACAUUCUUCUUUAUAACCUCCUUUUAGCAGACACUGUACUGUUGGUACAUGGCCAGGUAAUGUACAUAUUGGCUGCUUCUAAAGUAACACUGACAUAUCCUGUGUGUGGUGUUUUCACCAUGCUCGCAAACCUCACAACUGAGAUUUCUCCUCUCACAUUGGUGGUGAUGUCUCUGGAAAGAUAUGUAGCUGUGUGUUACCCACUGAGACAUGCAAGCAUCAUCACCAUCAGAAACACAGGGGCUGCUAUUAUUCUGGUUUGGACUUUCAGUGCAUUAAGUGUUCUCCCUCAAGUUUUUUUGCUGCUAAAUUUCCAAUUUGAAGAACUGCAGAGCCUGCAGAUGAAACGUUUUUGUGGCAAAGAAAGCAUGUUGCUUGACCCACUGUCUGAACUUUAUGACAAAUACUUCACUUAUUGUCUGUUUCUAACAACCGGUGUGGCAGUCAGUUGCUCCUAUAUUGGUGUGAUUAUAGCAGCCAGGUCAGCCUCCACAGACAAAGCUUCAGCCCGAAAGGUGAGAAAUACACUGCUGCUGCAUCUGGUUCAGGUGGGCCUCAGUCUCUCCUCAACUAUACACAACCCAAUGCUCAUAGCUAUCUCAAAGGUCCUAGACAGAAUAAUAUUGGUGUACAUCCAGAUUGUUUUUUAUGUGUGUUUUAUCAUCUUCCCGAGAUGUCUGACUUCACUCAUCUAUGGAAUCAGAGACCAAACCAUCAGACCCGUCCUCAUGUACAAUCUCUGCUGUCAGUGUAGAGGAUCACUUUCUGUCACUUUAUAG